AUUUCAUUCUGCAGCUCUGCAGUGUGUUUUCUUCUUUCCACAACAGCUGGGAUGGAAUGCUACUGCUGCUGGGGAGUGAAUUUGGUCUCUGCUCUAUUACAAACACCCUCUCAGCCUGGGGCUCUGCAGCUCUGAACAACAUUACUUCUGCAAAGGAUUUGUUCUGAAAUCAUGAAAGGAAGCUGAUUAAAUAGCGUGCGAUGCUUACGGGGGCACUGAGCCUGGCAGACCAAGAAUUGAGACGUUUGCAUGUAAAAGGACCUCCAGAGGCUGCCUUUGCUGUGGAUUACAAAGGAUGCUGUGUUUGAUGGAGAUACUUUAAGGAAAGAUCUCAACUCCUAGAGGCUGCAAGCACCUUGCAUGCGUAGUAGUGCUUCUUGCUUUGCUUUUCUCAGCUGGAGAUUCCUGUGCUGCUUGUGUCUGAAAUGAAAUCUGUCACGGUUUAUUGCUUUGGGCAUAUUGACGUAAACAUCCUCUGUUUUUCUGUCAUGUGGGACGCCUAGGAUUUAGCCUGCUGCAUUUCACUGGGAGUACCCUUUUCCCUUGUGUUCUGACUCAUCACAUGUGAAUGAGCUGCAGUCCAUCACUCCAUUCGAGCUUUCAUUGUUGCCACUUUUGUGGACCCCGCUGGAUUUUUUAUGCUUCACGUGGGGAGCUCAGUUCUGGAUUAGAGCACUCGAAUGUUAUACAAUGAAUGAAAUCCAUUUUCAGAUUCAGUUACCAUGAAAAAUACAGCAUCAGUUCAGCAGGAUACAAGUGUUCAGAGGCAGCAAACAGCUGACGAGUGUAUUAUAUCAAUUGACCUUGCAGGGUGUUUUGGUACUUUUUUACCACCCUGUCCUAAAUAACACUUUUUAUUUUUUAUGGCAACUCAAUAAAUAGCUUUGGUAGAUGAUUAUCUUUUCUUGGAGAAAAAAAAGCCAGUGACGCUUGUUGGGAAUGUAUUUUCUUUUGCAUUGCGUAUAUGUAUAUAUUUUUUAUUUUUAUCUGUUUUAGAGAACAUACUUUUACUUCCUGCUGCAUCAAAACUUUAAUAGCAGAUGGGAAGUAGACUUGUGAAUGGGCCUGGUGCCAUCUUUUUAUAAUUUUUUGUAGUACAUGAAGUAGAGCUUUGGCUCAAAGUUAGAUCGAAUGAGCCGAGUGUGCAUUGUUGUUUUGGAGGAGGGGGACGAUGAAUCCCCUGACUAUGUUUCAAAGUUAUCUUGUGGAAAUCCAUAUUGUCCUGCACCGCCUGCAGUUGUGACGCCUCCCUUGGUUCAAGCUAUUUUUAACGGGGAUCCAGAUGAAGUUCGUGCGCUUAUAUUCAAGAAGGAAGAUGUAAACUUUCAGGAUAAUGAGAAGCGAACACCACUCCAUGCAGCUGCCUACUUGGGAGAUGCAGAAAUUAUAGAGCUUCUAAUUUUAUCUGGAGGUAGAGUAAAUGCCAAAGACAGCAAGUGGUUGACUCCUCUGCACAGAGCGGUGGCAUCCCGCAGUGAGGAUGCUGUUCAGGUGUUGUUAAAACAUUCAGCCGAUGUCAACGCCCGUGACAAAAACUGGCAGACCCCCUUGCACAUAGCUGCAGCAAACAAAGCUGUGAAGUGUGCAGAAGCACUGGUGCCUCUUCUUAGCAAUGUUAAUGUAUCUGACCGAGCAGGGAGAACAGCAUUACAUCAUGCAGCCUUCAGCGGUCAUGUCGAGAUGGUCAGUUUACUUUUAUCGCGAGGUGCCAACAUCAAUGCAUUUGAUAAGAAAGACAGGCGAGCGAUACAUUGGGCAGCAUACAUGGGUCAUAUUGAAGUUGUUAAAUUGCUUGUGACUCAUGGAGCAGAAGUAAUGUGCAAAGACAAGAAAUCGUACACACCACUCCAUGCCGCAGCCUCAAGUGGGAUGAUCAGUGUUGUCAAGUAUCUUUUGGAUCUUGGGGUUGAUAUGAAUGAAUCAAAUGCUUAUGGAAACACACCUCUUCACGUGGCCUGCUACAAUGGUCAAGAUGUGGUUGUGAAUGAACUCCUAGAUUGUGGUGCUAAUGUGAACCAAGUGAAUGAACGGGGUUUUUCUCCUCUCCACUUUGCUGCUGCUUCAACACAUGGAGCACUGUGUCUGGAGCUUUUGGUCUGUAAUGGUGCAGAUGUAAAUAUUAAGAGUAAAGAUGGGAAGACUCCUCUUCACAUGACUGCCAUCCAUGGUCGCUUUUCCAGGUCGCAAAUAAUAAUCCAGAACGGAGCAGAGAUAGACUGUGAAGAUAAGAAUGGAAACACACCACUGCACAUAGCAGCUAGAUAUGGCCAUGAGCUCCUCGUUAACACUUUAAUUACCAGUGGUGCAGAUACAGCAAAGCGAGGCAUCCAUGGAAUGUUUCCUCUCCACUUGGCUGCCCUGAGUGGUUUCUCAGACUGCUGCAGAAAGCUCCUUUCUUCAGGGUUUGACAUAGAUACCCCAGAUGACUUUGGCAGGACUUGUCUACAUGCAGCUGCAGCUGGAGGGAACCUGGAGUGUUUGAAUUUGUUGCUGAAUACAGGUGCUGAUUUCAAUAAAAAAGACAAGUUUGGGAGAACACCACUGCACUAUGCUGCUGCCAACUGUAAUUAUCAGUGCCUGUUUGCACUUGUGGGAUCUGGAGCCAGUGUCAAUGACCUUGAUGAGAGGGGCUGUUCCCCACUGCACUAUGCAGCUGCAUCAGAUACAGAUGGCAAGUGUCUGGAAUACUUAUUAAGAAAUGAUGCAAACCCAGGGAUCAGGGACAAACAAGGGUACAAUGCAAUUCAUUAUGCAGCAGCUUAUGGACAUCGUUUAUGUCUAGAACUGGUUGCCAGAGAAACGCCUCUAGAUGUUCUUAUGGAAACAUCAGGUACAGACAUGCUGAAUGAUGCAGAUACCCGUGCUCCAAUAAGUCCAUUGCACUUAGCGGCAUACCAUGGGCACCACCAAGCAUUAGAGGUGCUAGUACAAUCUUUGCUCGACUUGGAUGUAAGGAACAGCACUGGAAGGACUCCUCUGGACCUGGCUGCUUUCAAAGGACAUGUUGAAUGUGUAGAUGUUCUCAUCAACCAAGGAGCAUCAAUAUUAGUAAAGGACUAUGUUGUGAAAAGGACUCCCAUUCAUUCAGCAGCAAUUAAUGGACACUCUGAGUGCCUAAGACUCCUGAUUGGAAAUGCAGAUAUUCAGGCUGCAGUGGAUAUUCAUGAUGGAAAUGGACAGACUCCAUUGAUGCUCUCAGUCCUGAACGGUCAUACAGAGUGCGUUUAUUCUCUGCUGAACAAAGGAGCUAAUGUGGAUGCCAAAGACAAAUGGGGAAGGACAGCACUGCACCGAGGGGCUGUGACUGGGCAUGAGGAGUGUGUAGAAGCAUUGCUGCAACACAAUGCAAACUUCCUUUUGCGAGACUGCAGGGGAAGGACACCUAUACAUUUAGCUGCAGCAUGUGGUCAUAUAGGAGUUCUAGGUGCACUUCUGCAUACUGCGGCCUCAGUAGAUGUUGUUCCCGCAAUAGCUGACAAUCACGGAUACACAUCUCUUCAUUGGGCUUGUUAUAAUGGUCAUGAUGCCUGUGUAGAGUUGCUGUUGGAGCAAGAAGUGUUUCAAAGAAUGGAAGGAAACUCAUUCAGUCCCCUGCAUUGUGCAGUCAUAAAUGACAAUGAAGGUGCUGCAGAGAUGCUCAUAGACACUUUAGGUACAAGCAUUGUGAAUUCAGUGGACUCAAAAGGAAGGACGCCCCUUCAUGCUGCAGCUUUUACAGACCAUGUUGAAUGUUUGCAGCUUUUGCUCAGCCAUAAUGCCCAGGUAAAUGCAGUGGAUUCUUCUGGAAAGACGCCUCUGAUGAUGGCUGCUGAAAAUGGACAAACAAACGCAGUAGAGGUGUUAGUUAGCAGUGCAAAAGCUGAUCUCACAUUGCAAGAUAACAAUAAAAAUACUGCACUACAUUUGGCAUGCAGUAAGGGUCAUGAAACCAGUGCCUUGUUAAUACUAGAGCAAAUUACUGACCGAAACCUCAUCAAUUCAACAAAUUCAGCUUUGCAGACACCUCUCCAUGUGGCUGCUAGGAAUGGGUUAACGGUUGUAGUCCAGGAACUCUUAGGCAAAGGAGCAAGUGUAUUAGCUGUAGAUGAAAAUGGCUACACACCAGCAUUGGCAUGUGCUCCCAAUAAGGAUGUUGCUGACUGUCUGGCUCUCAUUUUAGCCACCAUGAUGCCAGUCUCAUCAAGUAACACAAUGCCAUCUCUGACUUUAAACCACUACACCAAUCCCUCAAAGACUGUCACUUUUGACUCCUUGCCCCUCAUGAGAAAUGAGCACAGUUCAUAUUGCAGCUUCAACAAUAUCGGCAGGGAAGAUGGCUAUCCAUACACAGAAGAAGACGAGCUCAAUGACUCGGACUCAGAGACCUACUGAGGGUUUCACUGGAGCCCAGAUUUUAAAUAAAUUCACAUUGUGCAACCAGAAAGAGUUCUCAUCUCUGCGCUGCCAAGGUGGCCACAAAUAUAUAGGUUAACUUAUGUUUAUAAGAAAAAGUUUUUUGUUUUUUUUUGUUCUUUACCCUUUUAAAGUAAACACUGAUGAUUUGACUUUACCAUUAUUUUAAUCUGACCACUUUUUGUUGAAUAACAAACCUUUCUACACCUCUGUUAAUGUCUUCUAGAGGUUUGGAUCCUGUGAUGAGAACUGUUUCCAGACAACACAUAGCCUGGGAUGGUUGAGGCCAUUUAAGCAGUCAUUACCGUUUUUAUUUAAUAUUUUAUUGUCCUUGUGGAAAGAAUCUUUUAUAUGGCGGGGCCUAGCAGUCCAGACAGUGGGCGACUUCAACCAUUGUACAGAAAACACUAUAAUGAACGUUGUAUAAAUUGAAGAAUUUUUUUUGAUGGCAAUAAAUUAAUUUGGUACAUCUGGCAUUGUGUGUACAUCCGUUUGCCAAGGGACCAAAUAAUGCAUUUUUUUUUUUUUUCUAAAAAGUGGUUUUGAAUUGACUGGAAGCCGUUAAUUCUUCAGUUCUAAGUCUUGUUUCAGUUAAUACCGAAAAUGUCAAAAAAAUUCUUUGAUAUUUUUUCUUCCGGCGACCACGCAGGAAUAAUAAAGAAAAAACUUAGACUCUG